UUUUUUUUCUCUAAUAACAGAUUCAUUUUAUCUUUGCCCUGAUGACAGUAAAUAAUAUUUGACUAGAUAUUUUUCAAGACACUUCUAUACAGCUAAAGUGACAUUUAAAGGCUUAACUAGGUUAAUUAGGUUAACUAGGCAGGGUAAUGAUUAGGCAAGUUAUUGUAUAAUAAUGGUUUGUUCUGGAGACUAUCGAAAAAAUAUAUAGCUUGAAGGGGCUAAUAAUUUCUACAUGAAUCUUCACACAUGCCUUAAACAAAACAUAUUAACAGAAUUUGACAGUUAACAAUAUUACCACAACAUAUCAAUUCCAUGCAGGGUCAUUAGACAGGGUUAUAGCUAAAACUAAAACCAAAAACAAGUACAAAAACGACUCAAAUUACUGAAAAUUUUAACAAAUUACAAUUAAACAGAAAUCAAAAAUUAAAAACUAAUUUAAACUAUUAAUAAAAACUACACCACAUUAUCUAAAAGAAACAACAAUAAAACAGAUUCUUUGCAACAUUACCACAGCAUAAUUCCAUGCAGGAUUAUUGUAGUUAUAGCUAAAACUAAAACCAUUCAUGUUCCUUGAAAUGCAUUUCAACUGAAACAUUACUUAAAUUUUUACAAAAUUAAAAAAAAAAAAACUUAAGUUAAAUUGCUGAACAAAUAAAAAAAUAAACAAAUAUGAAAAAAAUAACUCCAAACUAUUAAUAAAACCGAUUCCAGGUGACCUUCAACAGACCUGUCGCAUUCAGAAAUGAUUGCAACGACUGCUUGGACAAAAACCUUCAAUAACCUAACACACGCUCUAGGACUAUCAUACGUUUCAGGUGAAGUGGAAACCCCCUGCCUGGUUGCAGCUCACUGGCUGUCAGAGCCCAGCUUGAAUUCAGGGCAAGGAGUUUUAUUUUUGGCAUGGAAAAGGGGUAGGUCACCAUGUCCUGUCGCUCUGUUCUACUAAUAUUCCCCCAGAGCACUUGGAGUUGGACCCUGCAGACGCACACUUAAUUGCACAGCAUUACUUGCACAGAUCAGCAUCAUCUCUUCUCUGGCAUCACUGUGUUGAAAUGCUGAUGGCUUUAAGUUAUGGUAGUCAGCCUAAUCUGCUUUCACAGCAGUACCCUCCUCCCCCUCUACUACCAAAACCAGGGCGAGACAAUGCCCGCCUGCAGAAACUCCUGAAGAAAAGUGCCAAGAAGAAAGUGGGCUCCUCCUCACAGACACCAAUCCCGUUCCGGUCGAGUCUAUCACCGGUAAACGAGGCCAGCCCUGACCUGGAGCACAGCGAGCACUCCACCCCACCAAGGACUCCAGAAACUCCUCUCUUCAGCAGGACUUACGAAUCUCAAUAUUCCUCCAACAGCUCUUUCUAUGGCCACUCCCCCUCUCCAUACUUAUACCCAGCCAGCAGCUCACACUACAGCUCCACGCCCACACUGUCGGCGCAGAUGCACUCUUACCCAGCCCGAUCACAUGAGCACCAGAUAGCACCUCUUUACACAUGCUCCUCUAUGCUUUUUGAUGAUGACACUGAUGCAGACACGGACCCAUCCUUCGAGAUAGCUUUCAGCCAAACCUUUCAGUCUGGCACAAGAUCAGGGAUGAUGCAUGGUUCUUUGGGCAAAGAACAGUCUUAUCAAGCCCCAGUGCAAAUGCAAGUUCCCCCUUUAGCUGUAGUUCGACCUCCUGCUCCAAGUUUGACAACAUUCUGUCCGCCGGGUUACCAGACGCAACCUUCGAUCUCUCAGGUUCCAGUCAGCCAAUUCAGUGGGGAAGGAUAUAGAAACAUUGCACCUGCAUUAAUUACUCAAACACCACUCACAAACAGCCACAUCAUGGAAACAGCGGGGUCACACACAUCCACAAUGGAAAAAAUAGCUGCUUUUCCACAAACAAAGAUUUAUACUGCAAAAACCUCAUUUUAUGAGAUUUCAAAGCCUCCUAUUCAGGACUCUUGGACGUGUGGUUCAACUUUUCAAAGAGAAUCACCAUCUAAUGCAAAAACCCCAGUGACAGAUGUUAAACAGAGUUCAGGUAUGAUGUAUCAAGCUCAAACAACUUCUAGUCAAAUAAGUACACUUGCAAGCCCAGUCAUAGAGGCAAAACGACCAGUUUCUGAAACUUUAAUAAGUAAUCAAUCAUUGCUUGCAUUAAAUUCUACAUCAUCCUCCACAAUGGAGUCAACAGCCUUUACGGAAAUCCAUCAGGGAGCCAUACCUCAAAAUCACUGGUUUAAUCCUCCUGCAUCGAUUGGUAUAAAGGCUCAAAGCGCCACAGCUUGUCAUGAUAAUGAACUGAAAAAAAUUGCUGUGGAUAAAAUCAGGAACUCCAUUCCAAACGGUAUUGUGUUUGCCACAGGACACAAACCAGUUAUUUCUCACGCUUAUUCUGAAGAAUGCUUGAUGCCAAAGAUUUCUAAAUGUGAAGUUUCUUUAUCAAAGGCUUUUGGUGAAGCUAACAAGUCAAGCUCUAGAGCAUGUGAGGUGCUUACAUCUACAGUUCCACAGGAGUAUCCAGUGACUAAAACUGAAACUUCAGAAACCUGUAUAACGACACCAGCCAAGACUGUUCCAACAGAUGCAAGUCAGGAGACGUCCAUGCCUGCACCCUCCCGAAGCUACCAAACAACCAAUACUCCGCUUUACUGGUCACCAAGACCACCUGCGCGGUUUGUGGGCAACCAAAAGCCACUCCAAAACGAUAUUAACAUCCCAAAACGAAAGUCAACAUACUAUGGUUUGACACCUGCUGAAUAUAUUGCUCAUGGUGGAAUCAAAGUAAAUUCACAUGAUGUUCCUUCUGUUUCCAAGUCAGAACUACCAGAGGAUUUGACAAAUGUGGCAUAUGAGAAUUCCAUGUCCAAAUCUUCAACUAAUUCACCUCAAGAGGUGUUUAGCAAUGCACCUGAUUUCAAUGCAGAUAAAUUGUCAGGAGAUUUGAAAGGUCUACAAACUUCAGUGGCUGCACAGCCCUCACAAAUCUCAACAACAAACCAAGCAAAUGUACAAGUAAGAGACAAAACUGAAACACAAGCCAUCUGUAAGCCCCUUUCAGAAAUACUACUUCAGAGUUUGAAUAAGCAAGAGACCAUUGCAGGAGUAAAACCAACACCUUUAAAUUCUGAAGAUGUGACACACCAUGGACUUCCAAAUACACAUAUGGCGGUAAACACCACUGCUGUAGUAGAGGCUUCUAGAAAACUAAUUUCUGUGUCUACAGACGACCUCACCCCUCCUUUUACAGUGGAGGGGAAAAAAAUGCCAACUUACCCUUUUCCCCUGGUACAGUCAAAUAUUCUGAACUCAAAUACAACCGGAUUGUUAGCAAAGAACUUCUUGUCAGUUCAAAAUAUCCCACACCAAAUGGCUCAGCUAGAGAAUGCACACAGAUCUACAUAUCCAACAGAAGGUUGUAAUACUACAUCAAUGAACGUAAUGCAAUCACAACUUUCUGCAAACCAAGAGCAGAAAUCCAUGUCAUGCUUAUCCAGGUGUUCUUUAGAAACCCACCAGACAUACUCUGCUGUCUGUGACUCUUCUACCACCAUCAUAAAAAGGAAAGAACUCCAUAAUGUUGUAAAUAACAGCAAUGAAGGUUUCACUGUAAACAAAACCCCAAACUCAACCAAUGUCCCAGACACUAGAAUGCCAUCUGCAGACACCAGAAGUUACACUAAAGUUCCUCCUGAUAUUAAACCUGCAACAAAGCCAGAGGAAACUAUAUCUGCGCACUCAAGUUUAGGACCAUCUAUCUUUACAGCCCCGUCAAAGACAGAAAUAUCCAGCCCUGGGGCCUCAUGUCAGUCUAAUGCAGGCAAUCAUGUAGUUUUCCCCAAAUUAGACAAAUUUAAUCUUCAAAGUCAUUCUAAAACAGACAUGUUUAAUACUUUAUGUCCCUCUAAGCCAGAGUCAUCUCAAAUAGCUAAUACAUUUAAAUCAGAUGCAUUUAAUUCUGUUGUUCACACCAAUCUAGAAGCAAAUAAAAACGAUGUUUUAUUAAACCCAAAUUCAACACAUCCCUUACUGAAAUCCACUGCUAAAAUCAACCAAAGCAUGGCGGAAACCAAAGGUCAGCAUGACGUCGGUGUUAAACAUAUUCCAGGCGCUACAAACAAAACAAACACGUUAUCUAAUAUUCCACCAGACGCACAGAUAUUUGUGUCUAACAAUGAAACACCAGUUUCCCGCUUGGCAAUGGAGAAAAUACAAAGCAAUGAAGACUUAAACCCCCCAAGUGGUGCAACAAAAGAGCCGACUGCAGGUCUGUUGUCAGUUUUUAAGAACUCCAAUAAAAUAAAUAAUGACUGUAAAGCUGCAGCUGAUGUUACAGUAGGAUCUAAGUCAGGAAAUUCAGCUGUACCACAAAGAAGUUUAAAAGCAUCAAAUGAUGUACCCCAAGACACCAAAUUAAAUACAGAGAGUGUCCAGACCAAAUCCUUAAAACCUGAAACUCAGAAGCCUUUACCAAGUUCACAUGUCAAGUCUUUCCAAAAGGCUGCAAGUGCAGAAAACAGUCUUGCUGCCAUGCUUCUCAAAGCUGCCAAAUCUCUACCACACUCAUCUGAGGACAGCUCUGCUAAAGCUCAGACAGAAGCCAAAGCAUCUAAUAUGGAUGUAAAGACACCAAACAAAGCAUCCCAGGAUAGUAAAGUUGAUGUCAAAGUUUCAAAGUCUGAUAAUUCAAAACCUCAUAAGUCUUCUAAAGAUUUAUUAGGCAAUGACAAACAAAAUGAGGUUGUAGCCACUGAACACAAGGAGGAGGCUUCUAUUAAACCAAUGCCAGAUGAUCAGAAGCAGGUAAAUGAACCUAAAGGAGCUCAGAAACCCAAAGGCCUGAAGGCCAAACUCAGUGGCUGGACAAGGCUGAAAAAGCACAUGGUGGUUGAACCUGAUGUCCCUGAUUUUCCAGAUUUUGAAGUGGACAAAAAUGCUCAGAAAGAUGAUAUAAAGAUGAGUGCAAAAGACAAGUCUGUAGGGGCAAAAGAAGAGUUGACGGGUGGACAUGAUGUGGUAAAAAAGAAAGAUGAGCCCAGGGCAACAAAAAUGUGGGAUGCGGUACUUUUUCAUAUGUUUGCCACAAAAGAGAACAUUAUGAAGCAGAUACAUGGUAACAAAACAGAUGAGGAGCGGAAAAACAUAGAGAAGGAUGGCCAGAUAGUACCAUCAUUCGUCAGCCGCUUGCCCAUCCUCCUCUACAGCCCACGCUUUGAUGCCCGGAAACUGAAGGAGGCAGCUGCCAAACCUCUUAAUAAAAUAGCUACAGCCUUCGAACGAGGGCUGCUGAAUCGCAAACAAAAAGGCGAAGAGCCAAAAGACUUCAACAGAAAGGCCAGAGGAUUUGCUUCAUCUACAGGAAAAACGGAAGAUGUUUGAUUGCAUUUUAAAUAUACAGCGUUGAGUUUAUUUAGAAAUUAUUCUAAAACAACCAGAGAUUUGCCGCACCUUCAAAAUAAUGAUCCAGGCAAUAGGUGUAGACCAAAAAGAUUUCCAAAAAAGAAAGAAAUCUGCACAUUCCACCAAAAAAAUAAUAAAUUGUGUUAUUUAGUAUGCUGAUUUAUUUAUUUUUGCAAAUCAGUACUUUGAUCGACAGUGGCUUGGUGGUUAGCACCGUUACCUCACAGCAAUAAGGUCACUGGUUUGAGUCCUGGCUGGGUCAAUUGGCAUUUCUAUGUGGAGUUUGCAUGUUCUUCCUGUGUUCACAUAGAUUUCCUCUUGGUACUCCAGUUUUCCCCGGAGUCCAAAGACCUGCAGUACAGUGGUCCCCGAUUUAUCAUGAGAGUUACAUUCUGAAAAUACACCCGCAGUAGGCAAAAUCCGAGAAGUAGACAGCUUUAUUUUUUACAAUUAUUAUAAAUGUUUUAAGACUGUAAAACCCCUCACUGCACACUUUAUACACUUUUCUCCAACAGGCAUUAACAUGUUCACACUUUUCUCUCACUCUCAAAGUUCUAACAUUCGUAGAAAUAAAUAUUAUAGAAUGAAACCAAAGAUCAAAACCUGUUGUCAGGUGUGAGCAUUCAUCACUGUCAGCAAAAGAUUCAGAAUGCUUUUUAGCUUUUGUGCUGAAAAUGUUGGCAUCCAGCAUAAAUGUUCUUUUUUCCUUCAGUCACUGAUCCACAAAGUGAAAGCAGACUCCAUCCUUAGGGGGUCGUAUACUGCAUGUGCCACGCACAUAACAGUUGGAAGAAACACACGCCGGACGAACACAUUUGCAUGUUAUUUAACAUGAAAUUAUUAAGAUGCCCCUCUGUGGUGCGGCAGAAAUAUGAACAGUGUCCUGAGUCAUAGCUGGGCACCGCUGACAGCCGCUGACGGUGUGCGUACCACAAUAGAAUGUUUGCAUGGAGCUGCGUGAUGUUGUGUGGUGUGCGAUCCCCUUAAAGAUGGUCUUUCUGCAGACAGUUACAACCCUUUUUGCAACGUUGUUAAAACCCACACUGCUAGCGAUAUAUUUACAUUAAUUUGGCAAGCUGAGCGCAUUCUGUACUGUACAGGAGACACGGAGGACAUUGAUUGACAAUGGUCUACAGCCAAUCAAGACGCAGAACACAAUGGCUGUAAAAAUAUAAUGUCAAAUUGCACUUACAACAACAGCGAGGGACCACUGUAUAGGUCAACUGGAUAAAAAUUGGCCAUAGUGUAUGAGUGAAUGUGAGAGUGAAUUGGUGUUUCCCUGUACUGGGUUGCAGCUGGAAAGUCAUCCGCUGCGUAAAACAUAUGCUGCAAUAGUUGGUGGCUCAUUCCACUGUGCCAACCUCUGGUAAAUUAGGGACUUAGUCAAAGAAAAAUGAGUGAAUUUUGAUCGACUUUAGAAAUCCCCCUAAAUUGUUUUGGAACAGUGUUUGCUCUUGUUGAUCAUGCGUUCUAAUCAACAUGUGAUUUACUUAAAUCAAGACAGCUUGUUGGUCUAGCAUUGUUAGCUUGGCAUUGAAAAAGUCAGCAUGUGACCCAAAGUUUGCUUUGUUGCCUUUUUGUAUUUUGAGUAAACUUUAAUUGAUUUAUUUGUGCAAUUCAGUAUUUAUAACUGUACAAUUGUUUCAGAACAGUGUUUGUUCUGGUUGAUUGUGUGAUCCAAAAGCUCUAAUGGUAUUUCAAGUGAUAAGUAUUGGAGCAAGCAAAUAUUCAUUAGGUUAUCCCUAAUGCUCUUUACAUGUUUGUACAUGAUUUAAUUAUUAUGCUUUAAAGUUUGUCUGAAAUCUGUUUUACAAAGUGUACAAAUGCUAUCUCCAGGGUUGCUGUUUGAUAGGGCAGUCAGGCAACAAGUCAGCUGACUAAGCUUUCGUACACAGCCCUAGCAUUGCUACUGUAUCUUGGCGUCAAAAAAGGUCAACAUAUGAGCAAAACGUUUGCCUUGUUUCUCUGGUAAACUCUUAUCACAUGUCAUUUUUGGUGGAUUGUGCAGACAAAUAUUGAACCUCAAAAUGAUCAAACCACGUAGGGUUCAAAAUGUUCUUUUCUAAAUGAACUCAACAAUAAUUCAUAUAAGCUACACACUGUACUCCUCUCUGAGCAGUGCAGUAAGGGGCUGGUCAGCAGAAAUGGAGUCCUAGUGCAUUCCUGCAUUCAGAGGGCGACUGAUGGGUGCAGCUGCUCAGGAUGUGGUGAGUGAGGAAGCGAGCAAAGACUGAAAACGUAAUGGUGAGAAUGAUCAAACAAGGACAGUGGCUCAGAGAGUAGUGCGGAAGGAUCCUGGGUUUAAGUUUGCUUGUGUCAGCUGAUCCGGGAGGUGAGAGCAGACGCGUUUAGAAUAGAGAGCUUCAGAAUGUGACGUUUUAAGCAGUGUCAAGAGUCUUGCUCAGGGUGAGUUAUGACAGGGGGUGGUCGUCCAUUUCGAAAAGGUCAAAGGAAAAAGUGGAAAAGGUGUGACUUGAACAUGUAGCAAAAAAAUUUUUAAAACAAAGGCACUUUUUCAGAACAAGUCUAAUUAGUUAUGAAUUAUGGGCAGAACUUCCAAUUAAAAUGACAUCAUUUCAAAUAUGAAGGUUGUGAAUAAUUUUAUCACUGAAUCAGCUGUAUGUUUUCAGUCACACUCUAAUAAGUCAUUAUUAUUAUUAUUAUUAUUAUUAUUAAUAAGAUUACUAAGAAGAAGAAGCCUUGAUAUUUUAAAGUGAUAUGGAUAUCAUAAAAAUAUUGGUUGCAAAUCUAUUUUCAGUCCCCUAUCGGUGUUCUUCUAAUUAUUGAGUAUUUUUUUACAUUAUUUUAAUGUUAUUGGUAUGAAAAAGACCAAUUCAAAUUAGCUGCUCUUCUAUGUCAGCUCUAAAUAACUUUUCACAGCACUUUAAAACCUAUUUUCCCAAAUGUUCCACUGCAUUAUUGGAUCUUGAUCUCAGCUGGACAACUUUUUAUGUUGCAAAGUCUAAAAAUGUGAAUUUUAUAUUUUUUUAAUUCAUCAAUUUAUUUAUUUUUUAGCUGUACUGAACCAAUACAGUAUAUUAUCUUAGCUGGUCAUGUAAUGUAAGGUACAAAAAUGAGUAGUGAGCUGCCAGUGCCUUUUUUUGUUACUAUAAGGAUUGUACUACAGUAGUCAACAUUUAAAGUGGAUAAAAAAAAAAGUUUUCAAUAUUGUCCCAAGACAAGAAUGGCGGUUAUUCAGUAGUUUUAGGACAACUUUGAUGAAAGGCUUUGAUUCACUUCCACUACUUUCUACAAUUUUUAUCUAAUAAAAAUUGUAAAAUUCUUUAAACUGCAAACUGUAAAAAAAAAAAUCUGUAAUUUUACGUUUUGUUUCUGGCAGCUGGGGUGCCGGAAAAAAUUU